UAUUGACUCUCUCGCAGUUCUGACGCGCAGGCGCCAGUGUGUGGUUACCGCUUCUGUGGUACAGCCUCUGGACGAUAUAUAUUUGGAAAAAAUACAUGUAUAUAUAAAUAUUUCAUAGUGUUUGAUAAGCUUGGUCAGUGGUGAUUUAAACAAAGCCAGAUCGAACACACUCCGUUUCAACAUUAAAUCAAACAAGUUUCAGUGCUGAUUGUAAGUCUAAGAGGAAGAGGAUGUUGGGGCGGUGUCGCCUGCGGCGCGGGGUCAGCCUCGAGGUCAUCGUGGAGGAGGACGACGCAGCGGAGGUCACGCUGGACCCCACGCCGCUCCCGGAGGAGGACGAUGACGACGACGACGAAGAAGAGGACAUCGACAGUGAACAUGGCGCCAGAGGGUCGGCUCCCAGCUCCCCCCGGGGAAGAGGCGGCGAAGGAGGGGGGGAAGCCACGGCGGCGGAGGAGAGGAGGCGGAGAAGGGAGAGGCGGAGGACAAUUGGCGGGUUGUCAAGGAUACGAUCAGUGUCGUGUGAAGCCCUCACCCUCCUCGACACAAGCGACAUGGACAUGUGCUGCUCCGAGUGGGACGACGACGACGACCUGGCCACCACCAGCUCCAACUACGUCACGCUGAACCGCCCCAUCAGCCGCCGCCGCAUCCUGGAGAGCACGCAGACGCAGUGCGACUCGGAGGACUCGGGCAUCGAGUACCAAUCCAACGAAGACGAUCCCGCGCUUGAGGACCAAUCAAGCGCCGAGGAUCACUCUCGCGAGGACUCGAUGCCGGUCGACAUCCAUGAAGCGGAAACCGCCACGGAGUCUGAGGGCGAGGAGGUGGAGGAGGAGCGCGAGGAGGAGGAGGAGGAGGAACGGGUCUCGAGCCCAAGUCCCUCGCAAGUCACACUUCCUGAGGAGGACACUUAUCCGGGGCUCCCUCAGGGCCCCGAGGAAGGUGUCCUUCUCACCGGUACGUCAGAGAAGCAAGUGUUCGAGGGUCACGGGAUGCAGCCGGCCAAGGCGAACAAAACGACCAAGCCGAAGUUCGCACCGACGGAAGCCCUCGAGAACGACAAGGUCGUGAUCGUGGAAACGACUCCUCCCGUGCCAAGCAGGAGGCCAGCGCAGCAUGAGGGCACGCUGGACCCGGCGGAGGAGGAGCUGCAGCUUAAGCGCGCCGCCUACACCAUCCGCAACAAGGAGGUGCGCCUGGCCGAGCUCCCCAAGCCGGACACCGUGCGCAGCGUGAAACAGCUGUUCGAGGAGGGCGGCCAGCCCCUGCAGCACCUGCACGCCUGGAGGGACCUCGGUCGAUUCCGCGACAUCAAAUCGAACCCGUCGAGCAAGAUCCUGCGCUUCGACAGGAGCGAGGGCGACCCCGGGCGGCGAGGUCACGGCCUGCGGGACGGAACCCAAACGCUGCCGAGGCUGCCCAGCCACGGCGGCGCCAGGCUCAGCCAGAGCGCGCCCCGCCCGCAGCCCACCUCCGCGCCCCACCAGCUCCUGGCUGAGCUGCGGCGGCACCAAGAGUCGCAGAAAGGCCUCGCCUCACCGCAGCCCCGGCCCGCCAGGGCGCCCGCAACGCGUGGCGGCUCUGCUACGCCUUCCGUGGUGCUCAGGAAGCCCGUGGUGCGAGGCUUCAACGUCAAGAAGGCCCUGCUCGAGGACCCCAAGAGCUUCCUCCCCCACAGCCACGAAAGCAAGAAGAGCGGCGGCGCGCCCGGCUCCGGCAAGGGCACGGCGUCACGCCGCCACAGCCACACGUACUCGCGGGAGAAGGCUCACCACCACAGUGACGUCAUCGACCGUUCGGACACGGAGUCGCUGGCGUCAGAUCUCAGCGAUGACAGCGGCGUCAGUAACGACUCGACCGUCUCGUCGUCAGCGUCUACGUCAGCCACAUAUCGCGCCUUCGACGCCUACGCGGCGGACCCGAGCUUCAAGUGGAUCGACCCGUCCGUGAUGGCCAAGAUCCGGUCCGUGGGCACGACCGUGAUCUUCUUCGGGCCGCGUCCCCGCCCCCGCUCGCAGGACGGCACGCUCGCCAAGGGCGCCUCAUGCACCUCGAGCGGCCUGCAGGCCUUCGGCGGGCUCUCCUCGGCCUCGAAGGGGAGCAACGCGGGGGACCCUCUGUGCACUUCGACGACAUCACCAGAUCAGUGGCUGCAGCGCCUCGGAUCGUGGGCGUGGUGAGGAAACGCACACCGAGCAGCAGUAGCACGGGCGGAUCGGGCCACCCUACGCCCACGCCCACGCCCACGCCAUCGGAGCUCCUCUCAGACGACUCGCGUUCCUCAUCACCAGGAGGGAGGAGCAGCGAGGAGGCGUCCGCGGGCAAAGCAGGGCGAUGGCGCGCCGAGGGGGACAACACCGUCGUCUACGACUUCACUCGCAGCCAUGCCCAGCCGGGGUGUGUUUGAGUCAACCCCCGGCCGCCCGCUUUACACACUCGGGCCAGCUGUGACUUAAAUCUUGCACUUCAGCUGUGACAACCAACCUGGCGAGAUGGCCGAGCCGCCAGCAGCAGCGGGGUAACGAUUUGGAGUAUGGUAACCUUCCGCAGUAUUGUGAGAGUGAUCCACACUUGCGUUCUAUACUAAGGGUUGUAAAGGUAUAUCGUACGCACGCGUGCAUACACAGAAAGCAGAAAAAUACACACCCCCCCCCCAGCCAGAUCCAAAAUACACACCACCGCUUCCCCCCCCCCCCUCCCACACACAUUCAGAAUCCAAGCAGACAACGACCUCCAGGCCAAGAGAGCAAGUCUCCCGCCGAGCGCAGAUGCCUGGCCGGCGCUUCACUUUGUGCAAUAAGCUUCCAAACGACAUUAUGCCACAUGCCAACCCAUGCAUGGCCAGUCCCUACAUAGCUUUACGGGCCAACGAGAUAUGGUAUCAUGAUUCUACACAGGCUAGCUUAAACCUUUUAGUAUUAAGCUAUUUUCUUCUUAAAACAGAAUAUAUAUAUAUAUAUAUAUAUAUAUAUAUAUAUAUAUAUAUAUAUAUAUAUAUGUAUGUAUGUGUAUAUAUACAUGUAUAUGUAUAUAUAUAUAUAUAUAUAUAUAUAUAUAUAUAUAUAUAUAUAUAUUUAUUUAUAAUGAUGAUCGGCGGUUAUAAUACUGGUUGCCAUUUAUUUUGUGAUACACAUUUUACUGGAUGUCAAGUAGAUAUAGUUUAUAUAAUAUAAUGUAUUUCCCCAUGUAAAUAUUUGAUUCCACAUAAGUAAUAAGACCCUGAGAUGACAGAAACUCAUGCCCAGUCAGCGAAGUUGUAUAUUGCUUUUACGGGCAUCGAGGGUGACUAAGCGAAGACGACCGGACGAGAGGGGCAGACACACGCCUUCAGCGCCUGGCUUCCUAUUCGCUGAGUUCACUUUGAUCACCCGAGGCAUGUGCGUCUGCCAGAUAUGUAUACAUAGGUAUAUAAACUAAAACAAUACAUAUACCCAUUCAACAAAAUCAAUAUAAGUCGAUGGGAUAAAGAAAACGACAGAAAUAUACAGAGUUGUUGGCUUAUUUUGCUUCAAAUUUCAUCUCACAUCAAACUGAUAAUCAGCGACCACAGAAUCAACAACUACUGCCUUCAAUGUCCCGGAUGAGAAAGGUCACGAAAACUAGAAGAUGACCUUAUAUGUAUAAAUAGAGCUUGAGUUACAAAUAAAGUAGCAAAAGUCA